AUGACCUCGCCCUCCAGCUCUCCAGCCUUCAGGCUGGAGACGACAGACAGAGGCCAGGAAGAUGGCGCUGAGGUGGACAAAGGAAAGAGGGGCUAUGGGGAUGGGCCACCCCCCAUGGAAUCACCGUACCAGGGCGAGGACCGGAACUUCUCCCCUCAGAUCAAAGUGAACCUCAAUUACCGAAAGGAAGCAGGUGCCAGCCAGCCAGACCAAAACCGCUUUGACCGUGACUGGCUCUUCGGCGUGGUCUCCAGGGGUGUCCCCGAGGAUCUGGCUGGGCUACCAGAAUACCUGCGCCGGACCAGCAAAUACCUCACUGACUCGGAGUACACAGAGGGCUCCACAGGGAAGACGUGCCUGAUGAAGGCUGUGCUUAAUCUUCAGGAUGGGGUCAAUGCCUGCAUCCUGCCACUGCUGCAGAUUGACAGGGACUCCGGCAAUCCCCGGCCCCUGGUCAAUGCCCAGUGCACGGAUGAGUACUACCGAGGCCACAGUGCCCUGCACAUUGCCAUUGAGAAGAGGAGCCUGCAGUGCGUGAAGCUUCUGGUGGAGAAUGGGGCUGACGUGCAUGCCCGGGCCUGUGGCCUCUUUUUCCAGAAAAACCAAGGGACUUGCUUCUAUUUUGGCGAGUUGCCCCUCUCUCUGGCGGCAUGCACCAAGCAGUGGGAUGUAGUGACCUACCUCCUGGAGAACCCGCACCAGUGUGCCAGCUUGCAGGCCACCGACUCCCUGGGCAACACAGCCCUGCACGCCUUGGUGAUGAUCGCAGACAACUCAGCUGAGAACAGCGCGCUGGUGAUCCGCAUGUACGACAGGCUCCUCCAAGCCGGGGCCAGCCUCUGCCCCCCCGUGCAGCUUGAGGACAUCCCCAACCUGCAAGGCUUCACACCCCUGAAGCUGGCUGCUAAAGAGGGCAAAAUCGAGAUUUUCAGGCACAUCCUGCAGCGGGAGUUCUUGGGACCAUACCAGCCUCUUUCUCGAAAGUUCACGGAGUGGUGCUACGGACCUGUCCGGGUGUCGCUGUAUGACUUGGCCUCUGUGGACAGCUGGGAGGAGAACUCAGUGCUGGAGAUCAUCGCCUUUCAUUGCAGGAGCCCGCACCGACACAGAAUGGUGGUCUUGGAGCCACUGAACAAACUCCUGCAGGCAAAAUGGGAUCUGCUCAUUCCCAGAUUCUUCUUCAACUUCCUGUGUUAUCUGACCUACGUGUUCGUCUUCACCACUGUGGCCUACCACCAGCCUGCCCUGGAGAAGGCAAGGGCAGGGAGGGCACGCCCUGGGGGAGGCCUGCUUGAAACAGCCCUGGAGGAGGAUGGGGCAGGGAUUUCCAUCCCUGUCCUGCAAGGGACAACACUGAGGCUUAGGGGGCUUGAGCUCCUACUCAGCCAGCUGUGGUACUUCUGGCGGCGCCGCCUGUUCAUCUGGAUCUCGUUCGUGGACAGCUACUUUGAAAUCCUCUUCCUCGUCCAGGCCCUGCUCACAGUGCUGUCCCAGGUUCUGUAUUUCCUGGCCGUCGAGUGGUACCUGCCCCUGCUUGUGUUCUCACUGGUGCUGGGCUGGCUGAACCUGCUGUACUACACGCGAGGCUUGCAGCAUACAGGCAUCUACAGCGUCAUGAUCCAGAAGGUCAUCCUGCGGGACCUGCUCCGCUUCCUCCUGGUCUACCUGGUCUUCCUCUUUGGCUUCGCUGUAGCCCUGGUGAGCCUGAGCCGGGAGGCCUGGGGCCCUGGGACCCCCGCAGGCCCCAACAGCACAGAGGCAGCACAGCCCGAAGUGGGACAGGACCAGGCAGGCGAUGUGGCCCCAUACGGGGGCAUCCUGGACGCCUCCUUGGAGCUGUUCAAGUUCACCAUCGGCAUGGGCGAGCUGGCCUUCCAGGAGCGGCUCCGCUUCCGCGGGGUGGUGCUGCUGCUGCUGCUGGCCUACGUGCUGCUCACCUACAUCCUGCUGCUCAACAUGCUCAUCGCCCUCAUGAGCGAGACCGUCAACAGCGUGGCCACUGACAGCUGGAGCAUCUGGAAGCUGCAGAAAGCCAUCUCUGUCCUGGAGAUGGAGAAUGGCUACUGGUGGUGCAGGAGGAAGAAGCAGCGCAUGGGGGUGAUGUUGACAGUGGGCACCAGGCCGGAUGGUAGCCCCGAUGAGCGCUGGUGCUUCAGGGUGGAGGAGGUGAACUGGGCCGCGUGGGAGCAGACGCUGCCCACGCUGUGCGAGGAGCCGUCAGGGGCAGGCGUCCCUGGCACGAGGAAGAACCCCACCCUAGCCUCCCAACCGGGGGAGGACAGAACCUCAGAGGAAGACCAGCUGCCCCUCCAGCUGCUCCAGUCCCACUGAUGGCUCAGAUGCAGCAGGAGGCCAGCAGGGAAGAGCAGGAAUGUUUCCACCUACACCCGCUGGCUCUAUGGCCCCAGUGUAUCUUGGUGACAAAUACUGAAAUAGAGCUCCCUACACCCUCAUAAUGUAUGCUAUCUGCUUCUGUAAAAUUGCUUG